CAUCUGCUUCCUAAAAUCUAUUCCUCAAUCACAUACAUACAAGGGAGGGAUCGCUAUCUGAAAUCCUCUUCUUGCAUCUGCCAAGUCUGAUAUUAUAUCUGUCUACCAAAGAAAGCGAAAGCAUUGUGAAAUUUAGUCUCUGUCGGUCCAAGGAUCCUGUUUGGGUUUAAUUGUCCCAUACUUGUAUUGACUGUUAGUUUUGCAAAGCAGCUGCUAAGAAUACAUUUUGCGCUAGCACGGAACGAGCGAUGGCGACAAACGAGAACCUUCCUCCAAAUGUCAUUAAACAACUGGCAAAGGAGCUUAAGAAUCUCGAUGAAACCCCUCCAGAAGGCAUUAAAGUUGGUGUAAAUGAUGACAACUUUUCAGUUAUAUUCGCUGACAUUGAAGGCCCUGCUGGGACGCCGUAUGAGAAUGGCCUUUUCCGAAUGAAGUUGAUAUUGUCACAGGAUUUCCCACACACUCCUCCAAAAGGCUAUUUCUUGACCAAGAUUUUUCAUCCUAAUAUAUCAUCCGUUGGUGAGAUCUGUGUUAAUGCAUUGAAGAGAGACUGGAAUCCCACCCUUGGCUUACGACAUGUUUUAAUCGUGAUCAGAUGCUUACUGAUCGAACCAUUUCCAGAAUCGGCUCUAAAUGAGCAGGCUGGCAAGAUGCUGCUAGAAGAUUAUGACGAGUAUGCCAGACAUGCGAGGCUUUUCACUGGGAUACAUGCUGUAAAGCCAAAGUCAAAGCUGAAAUCCGGAGCAAUUUCCGAGCCACCAGCUGCGUUGAACGUGGACCAGACGAACACCUCGGCAAAGUGUGCUGAUCAAAAGACUGCCAUAUCUGGUGGUGCUCCCCCGUUGCCCACCCCAUUGGCCCCCAAAGCAGAGAACAUGCAAGAUCAGUCAGUAGCUAUGCUGUCAUCAACUGAGAUAGUAGGAGUGAGUGGAUCAGAAGCAGCUGCAGCUAUGCUGAAGAAGGAGGCUGCGCUAAUGAAGGUUCCGGCAGCAGGCAAGAAGAAGAUAGAUGCUAGAAAGAAAAGCUUGAAGAGAUUAUGAAACAGCCCUCUGUGUGUGUUUGGUUUCUUCUUUUUUUAUCAAUCUGUACUAUAAAGAUGGGAGCUUUUGGAUAACAUAUACGUCCAUGUUCCUUUUC